UACUAUAGAUAUUUCUAAAUAACAAUUUUAUAGAAAUGUUGUUAAUUGUAUGUUAUUUGAAAUAUUUAUUGUAUUCAUUUUAUUUAAAUAGACCAGAAGUAACUGUGAAGACAGGUUAAGAUAUCCAUUAAAAGAACACUUUCAGAUGGAAACAAGUGACUGGCAGAUGGGUAGAUCCCUCAAUGGUUGUUUAGGAGAAUUGUUUCAUAAAAAGCUUUGGUCAGAUAUAAGCUUCAGAUGUAAAGACUCGGACCAGCUACCUCAGAACAGUAUUCAGGCACACAAGAUCAUUCUUGCUUCAAGGAGCCCUGUGUAUCAGGCAAUGUUUUAUGGACCAUGUGCAGACACAAAUCCAGAAAUAGAGUUGUCAGAUACUGAUUCAAAUACAUUUAAGCUGUUUUUGAAAUAUCUGUAUACAGACAGUACAGAUCUAACAGAAGAAUCAGUCCCUGCUGUGAUGCAGAUUGCUCACAAAUAUCAGGUUACAAGUCUGCUCACAUACUGCUCACAAUACCUUAUCUCUAUACUGCGAGCAGACAAUGUCUGUGCUGUACUUGAACUAGCAUUGUUUUUUGAGGAAAAGAAACUUGAAGAUGAGGCAGUCAAGUUCAUUGAUGAUAAUGGUGAGAAGGUGCUCAAAUCAGAUGGGUUUUAUGACUUGCAGCAGACGACACUUGAAUACCUUCUCAAAGGAGAUACAUUUCUGGCACCAGAGAAGUAUAUUGUAAAUGCUGCUAUAAGAUGGGCUAAAGGCAAAUGUAAGACUUUAAAUCUUGAAGAAACUGGUCCAAAUAUCAGAAAAGUACUUGCAGGGGCAUUUAAAUAUCUACGAUUUCCAACAUUAUCAGCUGAAGAAUUUUCAAAGCUAACAUACAAGCAAGGUCUACUUAGUUUUGAAGAACUAGAGGAGACUAUCAGUUAUAUAACAGGUAAUAAUAAUGCCCAUCCAUUUCACUCUGUAAGACAGAGAAGGCAAAGAGCUGUCAAAUGUCGACCAAAACAUAUCAGAGAAAACUUCACAGGUCAUCUAGAGUUCAUUCACUAUGUCAAUGUUACUACAACUGUUAGGGUGAGAUCUAAGGACUUUCUAGUUUUGACCGGUUUUUCAAUGUCAGGACUGAUCAAAAGCCCAAUUGUUCCUGAUUUUAUAAAUCCUAAAACCAUGUAUACAUUGGGGGUCUCUAUUUCUAAAAGCCAAGAUGGUGAAGAUCUGAUAUUUCCUAAAAUGUUCUACAACAAUGUUGAAACCCAUAAGAUGCAAGAGUUCCACCUGGUUCAAAAAGUUGAAAUGGAAAAGUCAACUCAGUUGUACUUAAUAUUUCACAUUAUGAGUGAUCCACACUGUAUGGUAUUGAUUCCAGAGGUGAAACCCUCAACUGUACCGUUCUCACCACCAGAGAUCACUGACAUUGGACAGGACAUUGGUUUUCGGGCACUUGAAGCAACAUACAUGGACAGCUGGCGAUUCAUGGACCAUAUAUUGUACGAGUCACCAUCAAAAAGAUAAAAGUUUUGGAAAUUUCAGGUCUUCAUAUCUAAAUAAAAUUCAAACCUGUUGUUACAAACCAACUCAGGAUAAUAUUUAAUUAGAUAAACCAUCAGUUGAGUUUCUUUACUCAUUAUUGGGCAUUAUUAGAUGGUUUUGUUUGACACAGUAUACAUACAUUGAUAUUGGUUUAUAAGUAUUCUUUAAAUUGAUGUGUAUUUUUUUCUUCUGAUUAUUAAAUUCAUGUGUGAUAGUAGCUAAAUUAAGAGUCUCUUCCUAUUUUUAUAUGCUGAAAGAAUUUCGAGCAUAUUAUGUUAUACCCCCUGGCGUCCGUUCGUAGCAAUUUGGUUUCUUGAGUAUAACUUAAGUUCCAUUUGGCCCACAGUAUUCAAACUUUAUAGGAUGAUUGUCCAUAUGUUGAAGACCCCUAUCGAUUUUGGGGUCACAAGGUCAAAGGUCAAGGUCACUAUUACCUUAAAACUGAAAAACUUUUUCACUCAAUAACUUAAGUGUUAAUCAGCCUACAGCUGUAAAAUUAUAUAGGAUGAACAGCCAUGUCCAAUACAUGACCCCUAUUGAUUUUAGGGUCAUAAGGUCAAAGGUCAGGGUCCUAAUGAUCUUUACACUGAAAAUUGUGGUUUCUGGAG